UGAUAAUUGUUUUCCCUUAAUUAAAGUUUGACCUUCUUUAACUAAAAAAUGUUUCAGCUGAGCUCGGUUCGAAGAUAAUCUUUCGGACUUGAGGGAAAAACUCCUGGUCUUCAAGAGAUCACUAGCACGUCGCCGUUUAACUCAAGAGUGAAAGAUGGACGAAUUGUUAGUUGCGAUUGUGUCUAUGCUGCUUGUUCUUGCUUUAAUUCCUUUGUAUUUGUGGAAACGCCGCUCAAUUUCUGGAGAAGAGCGACAACAAGAGGAGGUUCCCCAGAGGGAAACUGUGGUACGUGCAACUGGUGCUCGUCGAAUGCGUAGAAGACCUGCUGCUGGUGCUAGCACAUCAUCAGCUAGAGCUGCAGCUGUAGAAGAAACUGUUCAGGGAAGUGAUGAUGAAGCUGUAGAGGAUGAAAAUUAUGAGGCCAAAGCAUCAACAAAGAAGGAGAGGAAACGGCAAGAGCGAGAAGCACAAAGACAGGCUGAAGAAGCUGCACGCGAGUCAAGGAAGUUAAAGCAAGACCGCUAUGCAGAAAUGCGAAGGAGGAAGGAUGAGGAGCAUGAAGCACAGGAGCAUGCAUUGGAAGAAGAAGCCAAGGCUCAGAAAGCCAGGGAGGAGGAAGCAGCUACAUUAGAGUUUGAGAAAUGGAAAGGAGAAUUUUCAGUUGAUGCUGAAGGAACUACAGAAAACGAAUUGCAAGAUGGCAAACAGGACUUGCUUUCUGACUUUGUUGAGUACAUAAAGAAACACAAAUGUGUUCCUUUAGAAGAUCUUGCUGCUGAAUUUAAGUUACGAACCCAGGAAUGUAUCAAUAGGAUUACUUCACUGGAAAGCGAGGGGCGGCUUUCUGGUGUGAUGGAUGAUAGAGGUAAAUACAUAUACAUCUCACUGGAAGAGAUGAAAGCUGUUGCAGAUUACAUCAAGCGUCAGGGAAGGGUUAGCAUCUCUCACCUAGCUAGUAAGUCCAACCAAUUCAUUGAUUUGGAGUCAAAAGCAGAGUUUGUUGAGGACCUGAGCAGUGUGGAGGAGAUUACUGUUGCUUGACUUGAUGUACUCUCUUACUUCUGUCGAAAAACAAAGAGGCAGUGAAGAUAUGGCAGGAUAAGAUUUUGGCCUGAGUCUGAUGAUGCACUACAAAAAUUAGGAUCAUUGGGGCAAAAACUAUUUUUGAAGAUUUACAAUAGUGUUGUUUGAGCAUUGUAUAAUGCAUGUGAUUAACAAGAAAUUAGAUCCAGGAGCAGAGCUUGAUUAGUAUGUAUGCUGAAUGUAACGUGAAUACUUGUGAGGGUAUAUAAUUUCUUCUUCCUUCAAAUGUAUUAGAAUAUGAUCUGGAGGUAACUUUUGGGAACAUGUAACAUGGAAACAUUAGUGGUUUAUUUCGCAAUAUAGAUGUUUGAUUCAAAAACA